GAGCGCUUGGUGUGCAAAUCAAAUCCCGCGUAUUCACAAAUAAACCUACGAAUGUUACGCGAACGUUUGCGCCGGUAGAGAUCAGCGACAGAAAGAAUAACGGAUCUCGAAAAGCGUUUUUCUAGCUUUAUCGCAUCUUUUUGCCAACAGUGUUUUUCGUUAUUUGGUUUAUCGAACAAAAAGUGUCUUAUUUAUUUUGGUUUUACUCUUCUUGACUUUAUGAUUGCUAUCGGUGUUAAGUUUGUAGCGACAAGGAAAUAAAAGUGUCUGCUGGAUGCUACAGCCGAAAUAUGUCGCAUCGGCAAAUUGUAUUGAUUUUGUAUAUCUGCGUAAAUUUUAUCGCAUUAAUUUGUGCCUCUGCACAAAAUCACGGAUCCAACGAGAAUAAUGACAGUAAUUAUACGCUACCUGCUUAUGCCAUUGCCACAAGAGCCGGUCUUCUCAACUCAACAUGCGGAAAAGAAUUACACGACUUUCGAGAUGCCAUUGAUCAACGGAUAUUAUGGAGCUUGAGAAUGCUGGAUUCUAGCGGCGAACCUAAACCAGGCUUUUUUUAUGGAAAUAAUUACUGGUUAGGCAGUCGCACUCAGUGUUACGAUACAAUGAAUAAAUAUCCCAUGGAGAUUUCAAGACGAGAUUUAUUAAAUAAUUCGUUGUAUCGUGAUCCACAAAAGGAGUUUACGCCUUUUGAAGUGCAUUACUUUGUUGCUCAUUUCAAACACAAUAGUACUCUUCAAUACCACAUUGAUUUGCCAAAUGAUGAUUUAAUUACACUUGGACUCUGUUUACCAGCAUCGUGCUCUGCAAAUGAACUCAGUUUUAUUUUGGAAAGGAUAUUUCAAGAUAGACUUCUCCUGAUCGGUAAUCUCUAUUCCAUGGAUUUCAGAUUGAUUGAAGUUAAAGAUUUAAAAGACGAUCAUGAAUGGUUAUUCAGGGGUGCGAUACCUCUUAUCAGCGUUGUUUUAAUGCUUACUAUUUCCGUGAUGAUAAUCGGAACUAUAUAUGAUGUAUUUGUGUAUCAAAAAUAUUUAAUAAAUGCCAAAAGUGAAACUCAUGUGAAAAACAUACCCGAACAGAUGGAAAUAACAGUUUCGUCAUUACAUCAGGAAAAUAAACUUGGAAAAAUACUGGUGUGUUUUUCCAUUUAUACAAACACGAAAAUAAUAUUGAGCGCAAAACUAGGAGGUGAUUCAAUACCUAUCAUUCACGGAUUAAGAUUUAUGACCAUGGUGUGGAUAGUAAUAAGUCACUCUGUAUUUUACUCGUCAGACUAUUUCGAUAAUAGAACAUGGGCUUUAAGAUUCGGCACCGGUUUUCCCAUUCAAGUAUUGACCAAUGCGAUAAUAUCAGUCGACACCUAUCUUUUUCAAAGCGGAUUUUUAUUAGCUUAUUUAUAUCUGAAAAAUACACCAGAUAAAGACAACUCUAAGCCAAUUAAUUACAGAGCGAAACUAAAUGAGUUCUUUGUCUGCAUAAUAAGAAGAUUUAUCCGGCUAACGCCGGCUUAUAUGAUGAUGAUAGGAAUAUUGCAAUUAAACUCAUCUUGGUACAAUAAGACUUCACAAUUUUACAUGAACGAGAGACCGCAUGAACUUUGCGCUAAAUAUUGGUGGAGAAAUCUUUUGUACAUAAAUAAUCUGUUCGAUCAUAGAACAAUGUGCAUGUCUUGGAGCUGGUAUCUAGCCAUUGAUAUGCAAUUUUAUAUAAUCGGUACCGCUUUAUUGAUUUUGUCCACUAUAUAUUUUUAUGCAGCUGUCGCCAUUUUGAUUACACUUUUAAUAGGUUCAAUUGUGUUUUCUGGUUAUAUUUCAUAUGUCCACGAAUAUGUUCCAACAUUGGAUGAACAAUAUAGACUUUUAAAUGUUUUGUAUUACCCGUCAUGGCUUAGAAUAGGUCCGUAUAUUAUUGGAAUAAUUACGGGUUAUAUUCUAGUAAGACUAAACAAUAAGCUACCCUUAAAAAAGCAAAUGGUAAUUUUAUAUUGGUGCCUUGGAAGUGCUUGCAACAUUUUUGCAUUAUUCAGCCUUUAUACACGAGAUAUAUCCGUUCUGUUUACUGCUGUCUAUGUUGCAUUAAGCAAAACUGUUUGGGCCAUAGGUAUUGCAUGGAUUAUAAUAGCAUGUUUCACCAAGCACGGAGGCAUUGUUGAGAAAAUAUUAUCAUUCAAAGGCUGGAUCCCUUUUAGCAGACUUACAUAUUGCGCUUAUCUUUUAAAUCCUUUUAUCAUACACUCGGUUAAUUUAUAUGGUGAAACAACCAUUCAUUUAGAAUUUUUAACCUUGGCUAACAUGUGUCUGGGAUAUGUCAUGAUUACUUUCUGCUGUGCUUAUGUAUUAUCCUUAAUGGCAGAAACACCAUAUGUCUUACUAAUGCGUGAAUUUAUCCAAUCUCGCGGUAGAAGAAAAUAUAGAGAGCGUAAAAUUGUAAUUUCACAUACAAAAUUGUGACAAAAAUACUAUAAUGUUGCAAUAUAUAGGCAUACAUUAUUGAAUUACUAUCAUAUUUAAUUA